CCCGGCGACCGCGGGGAAAGUUUACGGGACGUAGGCGGCGGCGGCGGCGGCGGUAGCGGUUACCAGGCGGCCCGCGGGGACCAUGGCCCUGGCCCGUCGUCCCCGGCCUCUCCUCACCGUGUCCCCGGGCAGCUUCGCGGAGCGCGCAGACUUCCCGGAAGGGACUGGCAAGCGACUGAGCGGCGGCCGGCGCGCUUAGCGCCCCGAACAUGCGGCAGUCCCUGCGGGCGACCCCGGGCUCCGGACAGGCGGCGGCGGCGGCUCGGGCGGGAAGGAGACGGCGGCGCCGGCGGAGGUGGCGGCGGAGACAGUCGGCGCCCGGUGCGGAGCCCUAGGGAGGCUGCUUGGCGCGGUCUCGGCCUCGUGGAGAGAAGGAUGCUGUCCCGAAAGAAAACAAAAAACGAGGUGUCCAAGCCGGCCGAGGUGCAGGGGAAGUACGUGAAGAAGGAGACGUCGCCUCUGCUGCGGAAUCUCAUGCCCUCAUUUAUCCGGCAUGGUCCAACAAUUCCGAGACGAACUGAUAUCUGUCUUCCAGAUUCAAGCUCUAAUACCUUUUCAGGUUCUGGAGAUGGAGUAGUUUCAAGAAACCAGAGUUUCCUUAGAACUCCAAUUCAAAGAACACCUCAUGAAAUCAUGAGAAGAGAAAGCAACAGAUUAUCUGCACCUUCUUAUCUUGCCAGGAGUCUAGCAGAUGUCCCUGGAGAGUAUGGCUCUUCUCAGUCAUUUUUAACAGAAGUUAAUUUUGCUGUUGAAAAUGGAGACUCUGGUUCCCGCUAUUAUUACUCAGAUAGUUUUUUUGAUGGUCAGAGAAGGCGGCCUCAUGGAAAUCGUGCACAUGAAGACUACAGAUACUAUGACUAUAACCACGAUCUCUUCCAAAGAAUGCCACAGAAUCAGAGGAGGCAUGCUUCAGGUAUCGGAAGGGUUGCUGCUACAUCUUUAGGAAAUUUAGCUAACCAUGGUUCUGAAGAUUCAUCCCUUCCUCCUGGCUGGUCUGUAGAUUGGACAAUGAGAGGGAGAAAAUAUUACAUAGAUCAUAACACAAACACAACUCAUUGGAGUCACCCUCUUGAGCGAGAAGGACUUCCUCCUGGUUGGGAGCGAGUUGAGUCAUCAGAAUUUGGAACUUAUUAUGUAGAUCACACAAAUAAGAAGGCUCAGUACAGGCAUCCCUGUGCUCCUAGUGUACCUCGGUAUGAUCAGCCACCUCCUGUCACAUACCAGCCACAGCAAACUGAAAGAAAUCAGUCCCUUCUAGUACCUGCGAAUCCAUAUCACACUGCAGAAAUUCCUGACUGGCUUCAGGUUUAUGCUCGAGCCCCUGUGAAAUAUGACCACAUUCUGAAGUGGGAACUCUUCCAGCUGGCUGACCUGGAUACAUACCAGGGAAUGCUAAAUUUGCUCUUCAUGAAAGAACUGGAACAGAUCGUUAAAAUGUAUGAAGCAUACAGACAGGCUCUUCUCUCUGAGUUGGAAAACCGCAAGCAGAGACAGCAGUGGUAUGCCCAACAACAUGGCAAAAAUUUUUAAGUUAAUAUUUUGAAAAUUUAAGUUCUAUAAAAGCUUUAAAAUAUUUUCACAGAUAAAAAACUGCACACAAGUACUUUGGUUAAUAAAGGCAGCUUACUUUUUGGGAAUUAUAAAAUUCUAAUUUUACAUGUAUUUUGUUAUAUAGAUUAGCUUUUCUUGAACAAAAAAAUGAGUUUAUCAUUUUAAGAGGAACAUGGCAAACACUUUACAAAUGCUGUGUUAGGAAACUGCAUUGAAUAUUCUUGAUGGAGAAAAAUGCAGCAAGAAGGGUCAUUCAGACCAGAUGGUGAACAGGAAAUCACUGCUUGUUAACGCCGGACAGCAGCAGGACAUUUUUU